AUUAAAUCUAGAACUGGCUCUAUAGAUAUACCAAUCUCACAACUUGUAAAAAUGCCUAAAGAGUAUAAUUAUGAUAUAGAAAUUGAUAAAGAAAAUGCAAUACUUGAGAUUACAAGUCCAAAUUUAGUACAAGAUAGU